AAUUUCCAAUCAAGUUUUGAUCUUUUUCACGUUUAUGAUCAACCCAAUUCCUCAAUUCUUGAGAUUGAAGCCCUAAAGCGUAUCAUAGUUGCAGGUUUCUCCGUGGUUUUUCCAAAAUUUUAGGUUCUGUUUUUGCUUUUGUGAUUUGGAGAAAUUUCUGCUGCUUGCCUGUUUGUGGAUCCAUUUAGACUUUCACAUUUUUUAGAUGGAACACGAGGAAGUCUCCAUUUUGAGAUCGGAGGACCUUAAUGAUAUUGAAAUGGCUAUUGCAUCCAAGGAAAGAUCCAUCCUUCCUAUUGAACCCCAGCUAACUUACAGUCCUGUUUGUACCUUCAACAAACAAGAAAGUUUUACUGUGGAAUCAGAAGAGCGAUCAAAGUCAGCAAUGAAACUUUCUGGACUCAUAAUUUUCUAUUUAAUAGUUAUGGCAGUGGAGGUCAUUGGUGGUGUGAAAGCCAAUAGUCUUGCAGUUAUCACUGAUGCUGCACAUUUGCUAACUGAUGUUGCUGGAUUCUCUGUUUCCCUUUUCACAGUGUGGGCUACAGGUUGGGAGGCAACAUCACACCAGUCUUUUGGAUAUGGUCGCCUUGAAGUUCUGGGUGCCCUGCUAUCUGUUCAGCUCAUAUGGCUGAUAUCUGGAUUUUUAAUUUACGAAGCAAUUGACAGAAUUCUUCACAAAAAUGCAGGGGUGAAUGGAGGACUCAUGUUUGCAAUUGCAUUAUUUGGAUUUAUCAUUAAUUUUAUAAUGGUCGUGUGGCUGGGCCAUGAUCACUCUCAUCAUGCAUGCCAUGUUCACAAUCAUGAUCAUACCCACAACCACGAGAGAGAGGAUUUAUGUGCAGCAGAUGAAGGGGGGGAGACUAAGCUGGCAUCAAGUUCUCCAGUAAAUACAAAGAUUUUGAACAUAAAUAUCCAAGGGGCAUACCUCCAUGUCAUGGCUGAUCUAAUUCAGUCUGUUGGUGUGAUGAUUGCUGGAGCAGUUAUAUGGGCCAAACCAGAUUGGUUGGUGGUUGAUCUUAUCUGCACUCUACUCUUCUCUACUUUUGUUCUGUUUACUACUUUGCCGAUGCUUAGAGAUAUCUUCUGUAUACUAAUGGAGAGCACUCCACGCGAAAUCAGUGUUAGCAGGCUGGAGAGUGGUCUAAAGUGUAUUAAAGGAGUUCAAGAUGUUCAUAACGUGCAUGUAUGGUCCCUAACAGUAGGGAAACCGGUGUUCUCUUGCCAUGUAAUUGCUGAGCCUGGCGCCAGCUCUACUGAAAUUCUUCAUAGGAUAUGGGACUACUGUGAGAGAACGCACAGAAUUCAUAAUGUAACUGUACAAAUUGAGUAGGAAGCUUUCAGAUCUCUCCAGCAUGACUUUGUUUCAACAUUUUUCAAAAAUUUUAUUUCUGAAUCAUUUUACGGC